UAUGGACGACCACUCUCCGUCCAGCCGCGCCGCCCUCGAUGACCAGGACGAGAGUGUCCGCAUCGCCGUCAAGGCCCUCGGCGACAUGCGAAAUAGCCAUGCCCACGGCUCUCGUUCUCGGCCCCAGCUUGCCCUCUCUUCCUCUUCCUAUGCCUCCAGCUCAGCUUCCAAAUCACCUCCGGUCUCCCCGUCAUCGACCCAAUCUCGAGAGUCUUCCCGUGAACCAACUGCCUGUAGUUCUCCCGCCUUCGUCUCUCGAAUGUCUCAUCUUCCAUUGGUCGGAUCCGCUCUCCGCGUGUAUGAGCAGGGCAAAGCGUCAUCGCGUGUCGUGAAGUAUGGGGCAGAGAUGGUCGAAUCCAGCGUCAAGUCAAUAUCACGGCCAGUAAUCGAGCGCCUCCCCGUCAACGUCAACCAACUCGACGAGUUUGCUUGCAGACAGCUGGACAGGCUCGAUAGAUAUCGACGGCCCUCAGCAGGAAAUUCUCCGACACCCCUCACUGAUUCCCGUUCGCCCACAUCCCCAGAAUCUUUCACAAUCGACGCCGACCGUGGAAGACCCAAACUCAAAACGAAAACCUUUGAUGGAUCUGCCGUCGAUGACAGAGAUGUUAGUAUGCAGCGCGAUGAAGCCUCCUCCAGUAAGUUGAGGACUUGGAGCGAGUCGGACGACAGAAGUGUGCCCCGCUGGCUGGAAGCAACGAGCCCAUUCGUCCAACCUCCGCCGCCGCCACCUGAUGAGAGAUCGGCAACGCCCACGCAAAAUAGAGACAACAGCCAGUCAGAAAGCUCCCAUUCGCGCACAUCGACGACUGCUUCCUCAGGUGGUGAGCGUCAAGUGGCACAACGGAGUCGAUGGCAAGCCGUACUUUUGGAAGCUGGUGGACUCAGUGCGGCUCUUAGCGAGGAGAGCAUGAGGAGAUUGAAGUACUGUCUCCAGUGGCUCCAGUACGCGACCGCUCAUAUCGACGCCCAAAUCCUUAUCCUACGAGAUUUCACGGCGAAUCUCCAGCCACUACCAUCCGAUGAUAUUUCUACCAACCGUCGCCCCCCGAUUUCGGAAGAACAUAUGCGCAAGCUGACUGAAGUCCGCCGUGACAUCGUGCACACAAUCCGCCAAGUAGUCGACGUCGUCAGCAAGUACGCCGGUGGGGCCCUCCCAGAACCUGCUCGUAAUCGGGUGCGCGGGUUUAUAUUGAAGUUACCGCAACGAUGGGCAAGCAAGGCUGGCCCGGCACCGGGAGCAGCUUCUACUGUUGCCAUUGCAGGCGAGCGAGAGACUGUGGCUGCUGCAGGCUCCGGUACCGGCGCGCUGAGACGGCCAGGAGGCCAACGACGUGCGGCGCAAAGAGAACGUGGCACCGGUGCCCCAGAGGGAAUGCGAUCAGGAGGCUCGUCUCGGGUGCCAUCGCCUGCAUCUUCACCGAGGAUGUCGCGUGCGGUCUUGAGACAUGGAGAGCAUGCAGAGGGUACCAACGGCGAUCACCCUCUACACCCGCAAGUGUCGCAUGGUUCAGCACUACUUGCUGCUCAAAGGAUUCUGGCACUCGCGACAGAGAGCUUGGACAUGAUGCGGAAUGUCACUGGUGUUGUGAAGGAGAGUUUGGACAAGGCCGAUGGCUGGGUUGGUCGUCUACGUACAGUUGGUAUUCAACGCGGUGCCCAAGAAGGUGAAGACGAUGCCGAUGGGUCCGAAAUCGACUUCCCGCCUUCGUCUUCUCAUCGGAUGCGACACCGCCGCACCGACAGCUCGCAAUCUGCCUACGACGACCACGACAUCGGCAGUGGUAUGCCCUCGCCCUUCUUCUCUGGCGCCUCGACGAACUGGGGUUCGAGCAUUCCCUCGACGCCUGGCGGCACGUACACGCCCGUCAACUCGAGCUUCUCGUACGCGGGCAGCGCGUCGAGUCCUGGUGCUAUCCAUAUUCCGAUCGGCUCGAUGAGCUUGGGCUCAAGGUAUAACACACCGAAGAGCGUAGUCGUUGGGCUUCCGGAUGAGGAAGAGGAAAGCGAAGACGAGGUCGGGCGCAAAGUGGAAAAGAUGGAAGUUGUGAACAGUAAGCCGGUUGAGAGGGUUGGCGGUGUGAAAGUUGUUGGUGUUGAUGCUGGGAUUGAAGAGGAUGGGGAAAGGGGGAUUCAGAAGAUGGAUGUGGAUGUGUA